AUGGCUCUCAUGAAUAAUAGUCUCUCCGGGGGAUUGCCAAUGUCUUUAUGCGACCGAUUAAGGAAUCUCAACCAGGUUCUCCUUUCAGAUAAUAAGCUCAACGGUGUAUUACCUCUGGAGCUUAGCUAUUUGAACCAUCUUGAAGUUUUUUCGUUAAACACCAAUAGCUUAAGUGGAUCUUUACCCGUUGGGAUAUUCAACAUUUCUUCCUUAAGUAUAAUAAGCUUGGAAUUCAACAACCUAUCAGGAACUCUUCCAUCAAAUAUGUGUGGUGAACUUUCCACUCUAGAAGAGCUCUAUCUUGAGGACAAUAAUUUCACAGGACACAUUCUUAACACAAUUUUAAAUUGUUCCAAUCUCAUAAACAUUGAUUUAAGUGACAAUCACUUUGUUGGUUCCAUUCCAAAUGACUUGGGGAAUCUUAGACUCCUGAAAUUUUUGAAUUUAGGAGACAACUACUUCACAAGUGAGUCUCCAUCUUUAGAGCUUGAAUUCAUGAAUUCACUUUCAAAUUGCAAAGAUUUGGAGUUGUUGGAUGUGCAUGGAAAUCUGCUAGGUGGCUAUCUCCCUAAGUCGGUUGGAAAUCUUUCGGCUUCUCUUGAACAAUUUUUUGCCGCAAAUAGCAGCAUCAGGGGAGAAAUCCCAAUGGAAUUCGGUAAUUUAAGAAGUCUAAUUACUUUAGACUUGCAAAGAAAUCACUUGACGGGUUCAAUUCCUGAAACAUUCAAGGGUUUAAAAGCUCUUCAAAAGUUAAUUUUAAAUGAUAAUGAGUUGAGUGGGGCCAUGCUUGAUAAACUAUGUGGUUUGCCAAGGUUGGGUGGUCUAUAUCUAAAUGGAAAUAAGAUUUUGGAGCCAAUUCCAAAAUGUUUGGGUAAUGUUACUUCGUUGAGAUACCUUGUAUUGCACUCAAACAGAUUACAUUCAUCCAUUCCUUCUAGCUUGUGGAACAUGAAAAAUCUGUUGAUACUUACCCUUUCCGAAAAUUUAUUGACUGGAUCUCUACCUCUAGAAGUCGGGAAUUUGAAGGCUGCUUCAGGACUAGAUUUUUCGAAAAAUAACCUCUCGCAUGAAAUUCCUCACACGAUUGGAGGUUUACAGAACUUGGAGUACUUAUCAUUAGCAUUCAAUGAAUUUCAAGGUACAAUCCCAGAGUCUGUCGGUGGGAUGGUAGGAUUGAAGACAUUGGAUUUAUCGCACAACAAUCUUUCUGGUACGAUUCCAAUGACAUUGGAAAAGUUGCGAUAUCUAAAGUACUUUAAUGUUUCUUUCAAUCAUUUGAUUGGUGAAAUUCCAUCACAUGGUCCAUUCCAAAACUUUACAAGUGAAUCAUUCAUUUCCAAUAAAGAUCUUUGCGGGGAUCAAAAGUUCCAUGUUCCUCCUUGCCCAAAAACUUCAUAUCCUGAAGUGAGAGGUCAAAAGAGGUCUAAGGUUUUAUUUGCUUUGCUUAGUGUGGCCGUUGUUGUGGGUAUCAUUGCCUUCAUUGGCAUUUACAUCCGGUUCCUCAGAAAAGGAAAAAUCCAUGUUCCGGGACUGUCAAAUGCGUUGUUUGAUGCAUCACUUGUACGAUUUAGUUAUUACCAGCUUGCACAUGCAACAAAUGGAUUUGAUGAGAGUAAUUUAUUAGGAAAGGGAAGUUUUGCAUCUGUUUAUAAAGGUAUCACUAAUGAGGGGACAAUUUUCGCCAUCAAGGUAUUCAAUCCAGAAAUGCAAGAAGCCUUCAAAAGUUUUGAUAGGGAAUGUGAAAUGCUACGCAACCUUCGACAUAGAAAUCUUACAAAAGUCAUCAGCAGUUGUUCAACACCGGAUUUCAAGGCAAUAAUACUUGAAUUCAUGCCAAAUGGUAGUCUUGAUAAGUGGUUGUAUUCACACAACUAUUCGUUAAGCUUAAUACAACGGCUCAACAUUAUGAUUGAUGUAGCCAUUGCAUUGGAAUAUCUUCAUAAUGAACACUUGACACCAGUGGUUCACUGUGAUUUGAAGCCUAGUAACAUUCUACUAGACCUCGACAUGGUAGCACAUGUAACUGAUUUCAGUAUUUCAAAGUUUUUGAGCAAAGAGGAUUGUGUCAUACACACCCAAACGAUUGCAACAUUUGGUUAUGUUGCUCCAGAAUAUGGAACCGAAGGAUUAGUUUCCACAAGAUGUGAUGUUUACAGCUAUGGAAUCAUUAUGAUGGAACUUUUUACUAGAACAAAGCCAAAUGAUGAUAUGUUUGAUGGAAACUUCAACCUGAGGACAUGGGUGAAUGAUGCAAUGGCCUCUGAAUUGGCCACGGUGCUAGAUGCCAAUAUUUUGAAUCGUGAUGAUGUGAAUUUCAAUGAAAAGCUGCAGAGUUUGUAUUCUAUUAUGGAAGUGGCUCUUAAUUGUACAAAAGACCAACCAGGAGAAAGAAGGAACAUAAAAGAAAUUCUUGAUGCAUUGAACAAAAUUAAAGUAAAAAUUCUCACAUAUCAUGCACAAUGA